UUCCAAGAUCUUUGUCAAUCCCGUACGUAGCGCCAGGAGAGCGCUCCAGAUUCAGUCAUCCGCUUCCCCACCCGUUGUCCUGAAAAGUCUCAGCAUCCGCUUCUGUUCAGAACUUCCGUUGAUCUUAAGUACAACCUUUCAAAUCAAAGAAGCCCUCUAUUCCCUCGCCUAAAUAAUAAAAAGGUCCUAUCAAUCAUGAACCUGGAUUCGACUCGGGUUCACUGGUCGACAUCUCCCACAUCUCAACAGGAAUUUCAAGCUUAUAACAAUCACCAGUUUAUUUCAACUGAACCCACAAACAUGUCUCAGCAACAGCAAUCCUUUCCUCCAGGCGCAGGUCCGAAUGACGCUCCUCAAGACCAAUAUCCUCCAGGUCACGCGUACAGGAGGAGUCAGUCUAACUCUCCGUUCCGACACACCACACAUCCAUCACCGUAUCCACAACCAAACAUUCCACCAAUUCAACCUCAACCGGAGCUAAAACAGGAGUCAUACUACACCCCAACCUCCGCAGAGUUAUACACUCAUGCUCAGGUCCUCGCAUCCGGUGCAGCAGAAGGGUCUGCUUCCGCCCAUUACACUUCCCAAACCGCUAUAACUCGUCUCCCCCCUAUUCUACAAGUAGAGAAGAAGCAGGUCACCACAUCCGCAACACAAGCUGCAAGUGCAAGCAGGCGGAGAAAUGAAGCCCAUUUCGCCUGUCCGGUCCCGGGUUGUGGGAGCACAUUUACGCGUCGAUUCAAUCUUAGAGGUCAUCUUCGAUCUCACACCGAGGAACGUCCAUAUGUGUGCGAGUACCCCGAUUGUAAGAAAGGCUUUGCAAGACAGCAUGACUGCAAGCGACAUCAAGCACUACACGCCACGCGCUCCCAAUCCAACAUCUGUCAGGGCUGCAAAAAGACCUUCAGUCGCCUGGAUGCCCUAAACCGACAUCUUCGUUCCGAGGGUGGUUCUGAAUGCAGACAGAUUGUAGAAGCCCAGCAGCAGGCUGCAGCACAUGCUCAAGCGAUCACACAAUCUCAGGGUCCUCCACUACCCGACCACCCUCCCGGCAAUCAACCAGGACCCAGCUCAAGCACUGCCAGUUAGAGUUAGUGGUUGAGACCCAUGGACAGUUGGACUCCCAGAACGCUUUUAGAUAUUUCUCCUUCAUGUUUUCAUGAUUCCUCUUUACACUCAGGAUGUAAGAUUACCUGAGCUAUAGGCUCAUCAUCAUUCAUUCCCACUGAUGUAUACACUCUUGUAUCGAUUCCUUGGGCUUACAGUUAAUAUACUUUGCUCUUAAUGUUACCCCCAAUCAUUAUUGCCACG